AGUUUCUCUCUCUAACACGAGCGCGUACACUCUCUCUCUAGGUUUUCUUUUGUUUUCAUAAAGAGGGCCUUGUCGUCUUCGACUCGGGCGGCUCUGCUCGCGACCCAGUGUAAACAAGGCCGCAAUCGUGCUCUCUGUUGAAGUUAAUUUGGCGCUUCGAUUACGGGUCCAACGUUAACGAUCUAGGGCUUUGGUUGCGGGUGGUCGUAUUAUUCUUUAUAUUUAUUCCUUUUUCCUGUUCUUUACAUGAAUUAUCUUCGACGGAUUCUACCGGAGUUCGUUUCGGUGGAAGGAUUCGCUAUUUGUUGAGCCAGCAAAGGAUUAUCUACUGAAUCGAGUAUUAAACCAGCUUUUUUGUGGCGGGAUAGGAGGAACUAGAAACAAAUUUUGGCUUAGAAAUGGCAAAGAAUGAUAAAUUACAUGGGGAAUUUUAUAGAAAUGCAUUUGAGGCAGUAGGGGAAAUGGAGGGUUCUGGUAGCUCAGGACGGAUUGACACAGAGAUUACUGCUUCUGAGGAUUCAAGUGCACCUACAAGGAAAUGCAUUAAUUUAAAUUCCAAUAAACGGGACCAAUUUGAUGUCCCUCUACAAGUGCUUUCUUUGUUGCAUAUGCUACCAUCUGAAAGAAAGGAUUUAAUAUGUCGGUUGAGAUUUGAACUUGAACAGAUAAGGUUACUCCAAAAGAAAGUGGAGAUGCAGAGAACGAAUGCUGUUACAUUGUCUUCUUCUAGUGACAUUCUUAGUUGUAGUAAUGGGACAAAUGGGCCUCGAGCAGUGACUUUUAGCAAGUCAUCAGUGAUGGCCUCUGGGCCAGGUAAGAAAGCGAAUCCUACAGCUAAAGGACGGGAAUGGAAUCGGAAUAGUUCUGGAAGGUUUAAGUCUACAAAGCAAGCUUCAGCACCAAGCACUACAAAUGUGAUGGUGAUGAAACAGUGUGAGACAUUGUUGAAUAGAUUGAUGAGCCAUCAGUAUGGGUGGGUCUUCAAUGAGCCAGUUGACAUUGUGAAGUUGAACAUCCCAGAUUAUUUAAAUAUUAUCAAGCAACCAAUGGAUCUGGGGACAAUAAAGCAGAAGUUAGUCUCGGGCAUGUGCUCAAGCCCAUGGGAUUUUCUUCGUGAUGUGAGGCUUACAUUCAAAAAUGCUAUGGAAUACAAUCCAAAAGGUCAUGAUGUACACAUCAUGGCUGAGACUCUUAGUAAAUUUUUUGAAGUGAGAUGGAAAAACAUUGAGAAGAAAUUACCCAAGACUGAUGCUCCAGCUUUACAGGCAAAGUCAGGUCCACGGGAAAACUUACAAGUUACUGAAAUUUCUCCCAUUAAAAAGAGAAAAAUAACUUCAUAUCAACAUGAAGUUGUGCCAGAGCCUGUUAGGCGGGUAAUGACAGAUGAUGAAAAGCAGAAUCUGGGCAAUGAAUUGGAGUCUUUGUUGGCAGAGAUGCCUGUACAUAUCAUUGAUUUUUUGAAGGAACAUAGCUCAAAUGGAAAGGAUGCCGGAGAAGAUGAAAUUGAGAUAGAUAUUGAUGAUCUCAGUGAUGACACUUUGUUCACUUUGCGGAAGCUUUUAGAUGAUUAUUUGCAAGAAAAACAGAAGAGCCAAGUAAGGGGGGAACCUUGUGAAAUAGAGCUGUUGAAUGAAUCAGGGUUGAGCAAUUCAUCAAUGCAACAACAAAAAGGGAAUGACCCAGCUGAUGAGGACAUUGACAUUGGUGGCAAUGAGCCUCCUGUCACAAGCUUUCCUCCAGUGCAGAUAGAGAAGGAUACAGGCCAUAAGGGGAGUAAAUGCAUCAGUUCAGGCAGCUCCAGUGAUUCUGACUCUGAUAGUUCGUCAGAAAGUGAAUCUGAUGAUGCAAAAGCUUCUAGUCCAAUAACUGCAACAAAGGUUCCUGAAAACUUGGGUUCUGGGGUUCAAUUAGAUGACAAAGCAAAUGCUUUUGAUCCACUAGAGAUAAAUCAAUCAUGUCCAGAAUCAGUUAGUGGACUGGAUCAACUUGAACAAUCUUCCCAGCAAAAGCCAAGUUCUGUUGAGUCAGAUUGCCGCCAAGACGGGGACAGUGCACCAAGUGAGAGGCAGGUCUCUCCGGAGAAACUUAUCAGGGCUGCAAUACUGAAGAACCGAUUUGCUGAUACGAUAUUAAAAGCGCGAGAGAAGACGCUUUCACAGGUUGACAAGGGGGAUCCUGAAAAAUUGAAGCGGGAGAUGGAGGAACUUGAGAUGCAGAAAAAGAAAGAAAAAGCUAGGUUGCAAGCUGAAGCCAAGGCUGCAGAAGAUGCUCGAAGACAGGCUGAGGCAGCAGCUGCAGCUGAGGCUAGACGGAAGAGGGAGCUUGAAAGAGAAGCAGCACGGCAGGCAUUGUUACAGAUGGAAAGAACUGUUGAAAUUAAUGAAAACGCUAGGUUGCUCGAAGACCUAGAAAUGCUUAGGAGUGCACCAGCUGAGCAUUUGCCAAGUUCUGUUGAUGAGACAAGUCCUGAUCACUCUCAGGAUGGCCUUGGCGGCUUUAGAUUUGGCGGAAGUAAUCCUUUAGAACAGCUCGGUCUGUUCAUGAAACAAGACGAUGAGGAGGAAGAGGGUGAACCAUUAGAUGUUCCAAAUCCUGUAAAUGAUGUAGAAGAGGGAGAAAUUGAUUAACCUUGUGUUAAGCUUGUUUGUGUAUUCAUGAAACAGUAAUGAAUCAAGAGUCAUAAGCAUACAUGAUA